CAUCACGCUUCUGCACAUCUGCAGCACUAAUCACACUCACAACACAGCCUCGAGAGAGCGAUUCACACAAACACCCGAGGGCUGCGCGUUCUAACGACGGAUUCUGUUUGCAGAAUGUUUUGAUGCGCGUUUGCGACAGAGCAGCUCGUUCACGGCGCGCGCGCUCCCCAUCACACGGAUUAUUCGUCUGUCAGUGAAUCUGUUCAUCUGUGAGCAUCAGAUCUGAGGAAUCAGAGUCAAAUCUGUAGUGCAGCAUCACAGGAUGGCUGAGAACAGCGCAGAAUGCAACAUCAGGGUGUUGUGUCGCUUCAGACCCCUGAAUCAGUCCGAAAUCCUCCGUGGAGACAAAUAUAUUCCCACAUUUCAGGGAGAUGACACUGUCAUCAUUGGGGGGAAGCCGUAUGUUUUUGAUAAAGUCUUUCCCACGAACUGCACACAGGAGCAGGUGUACAACAGCUGUGCCAAACAGAUCGUUAAAGAUGUUCUGGACGGCUACAACGGCACCAUCUUUGCAUACGGACAGACAUCAUCUGGAAAAACCUACACUAUGGAGGGAAAACUGCAUGAUCCUGACGGGAGGGGAAUUAUCCCGAGGAUUGCUGAAGACAUUUUCAACCACAUUUACAUCAUGGAUGAAAACCUGGAGUUCCACAUUAAGGUUUCCUACUUUGAAAUCUACAUGGAUAAGAUUCGUGACCUACUUGAUGUGAGUAAGACAAACCUGUCCGUUCAUGAAGACAAGAACCGGGUUCCCUAUGUGAAGGGCUGUACUGAACGUUUUGUUUCCAGCCCGGAUGAAGUGAUGGAUGUUAUUGACGAGGGAAAAGCGAACCGUCACGUCGCUGUUACAAAUAUGAACGAACACAGCUCCAGGAGUCACAGCAUAUUCCUCAUCAGCAUCAAACAGGAGCACGUGGAGACGGAGCAGAAGCUCUGCGGAAAACUCUACCUGGUGGAUCUGGCCGGGAGCGAGAAGGUGAGUAAGACAGGUGCGGAGGGAGCCGUUCUGGAUGAAGCCAAGAACAUCAACAAGUCUCUGUCGGCGCUGGGAAACGUUAUAUCAGCUCUGGCCGAAGGCACCAAGACCCACGUGCCGUACCGGGACAGUAAGAUGACGCGGAUCCUGCAGGACUCUCUGGGCGGAAACUGCAGAACCACCAUGUUCAUCUGCUGCUCACCUUCAGCCUUCAAUGACGCCGAGACCAAAUCCACCCUGAUGUUCGGGCAACGCGCAAAGACCAUAAAGAACACGGCGUCUGUGAACCUGGAGCUGACGGCGGAGCAGUGGAAGAGGAAAUACGAGAAGGAGAAGGAGAAGAACAAGAACCUGAAAGAGAACAUCCAGAGACUGGAGGCGGAGCUUAACCACUGGCGUAACGGUGAAUCUGUGGCUCCACUGGAUCUGAUGGCCGUGAUUCCUGUGGAAUCUGAUGUCAGUGAAGACGCAGCUUUAGACAAUCAGAGUCCGAGUGUGUGUGUGCCGAUCCCAGAGGAAAACCAGCACAAAUAUGAGGAAGAGAUACGCAAACUCUACAAACAACUGGAUGACAAGGAUGAUGAGAUUAAUUUACAGUGUCAGCUGGUGGAAAAACUGAAGGAGCAAAUGCUGGAUCAAGAAGAGCUGCUGGCGUCGUCGCGUGGAGACAGUGAGCGUGUGACGAGCGAGUUGAGUCGUCUGCAGACGGAGAGCGACAGCGCGAAGGCCGAAGUGAAGGAGGUUCUGCAGGCGCUGGAGGAACUCGCUCUGAACUACGACCAGAAGAGUCAGGAGGCCGAAGACAAGAGCCUUCACAACAGACGACUGACCGAGGAGCUGGCGCACAAAACCUCGGAUCUCAUGUGUUUGGAGGCGGAGUUUUCCCGGCUACAGGAAGUGAGCGGCCAGCAGAGGAAACGCAUCACUGAGGUGUUAAACACCCUCAUGAAGGAUCUAAACGACUUCAGCUUCAUACUGGGAAACGGUGACCUCAGACUGCCGUGUGACCUGUCGGGUGUGUUGGAGGAGGAAUACGCCGUGGUGCGAGUGUAUGUGAGCAAAGUCAAGUCGGAGCUGAAGUCGGUGGUGAAGCGCUGCAGACAGCUGGAGGCGUUACAGUCCGACUGUCACCGCAAGAUGGAGGAGACCGGCCGAGAGCUGUCGUCCUGUCAGCUGCUCAUAUCACAGCAUGAAGCGAAGAUCCGCUCUCUGACUGAAUACAUGCAGAAUGUGGAACUCAAGAAAAGACAACUGGAAGAAAACUAUGACUGUCUGAGUGAAGAACUCGCUAAACUACAGACCGCAGACAGCGGUCAGGACAAUCCACUGGACACUGACGAGUCUGGAAACAUGAAGAAAGCGGAGCAGAAAGCAGACGUUCACCGCGAGCCGCAGCACAAGCAGCUGGGCCGUCUGCGCGACGACAUCAACCACAAACAGAAGAUCAUCGACGAGCUCAAAGAUGAUAAUCAGAGGCUGAAGCUGCAGCUGGAGCAGAUGAGCGUCGAGUUCAGCGUUCUGAAGAAACGCGAACACGAGAAAUCCAGACAGCUGGAGGAGCUCAGAUAUCUUCAUGAACGACAGGAGCAAACCAAGCAGGACAUGAAGGGUUUGGAGGAGACCGUUGCUCGUGAACUGCAGACGCUCCACAAUUUGAGGAAGCUUUUCGUUCAGGACCUCACGGCUCGAGUUAAACGGAGCUCUGAGCUGGAGCCGGAUGAGAGCGGAGGGUGUUCAACACAGAAACAGAAGAUCUCCUUUCUCGAGAACAACCUGGAACAGCUUACAAAAGUUCACAAACAGCUGGUUCGUGAUAACGCAGAUUUGCGCUGCGAGCUUCCGAAGCUGGAGAAGCGUCUGCGCUCGACGGCCGAGCGGGUUCGGGCGCUGGAGGACGCGCUGACCGAGGCUAAAGAAGGAGCCAUGAAGGACCGGCGCCGCUACCAACAGGAAGUAGAGCGCAUCAAAGACGUCAUGAGGGCCAGAAACCCGUUCCGACGGCCUCAUGCUGCUCUUAUCGCCAAACCGAUUCGUCCAGGACAUUACCCCGCCUCCUUACCUGUCAAUCACAUGUUCAUUCGCAGCAGAGAUGAGCCAAUCACAUUCAGCAAUGUGAUGUUCAACAGCGCCAGUGAAAAACCCAAAGUAUCUUCAUCCAGAGCCGAGUCCAGCGCGAGCAGCGAGACGCCGUCAGCGGACAACACACACCUGAACUCCACACACAAACUCAACGCCACCAACGGAAAUGGCAGAGAUGUGAAUGAUAACAGUGUGUGUCGCUCUGCGUCCGUCACUGAUGAGCGGUCAGGUGACCUCCAGCACAAACACACUGGUCAAGAGCUGCCCGCCGCCAGCUAAACACCAGCGGUACAGCGACACUAACAGGCGACCUGUACUUCUGAAUUCUCCUCUGUAUAUAUAUACAUAUAUAUAUAUAUAUAUAUAUUUGUGCAUGUUGCCUGCAGUUCCAGUGAUGAAUAUGAACCGUCAGCUCACUCGAAUCCGUCACAUAACAUCAAAUUCAGCUUUUAAACUCUGACAGAAGCGCUCGGGCUGCAUGUAGUCCAGAGAUGAAGAGCUUCUGCUGCAAAAAGCGUGAGAUGAAGGAGGUGGAGCGGUCAUCAGCAGACGGGUCGCUCUCAGAAAACACUUUAAUUCAACAUCUAAUGUGGGUUUUCAAUGGCUUUCUACAUAUUAGUACCAACAGUCAUUCAUCUUUUCCAGUAGCAUCACUGGAAUCAUUAUUACUAGAGAAAAUGCAGAAUUAAAAUGCAAAAUUCAGUGAUAAAUGAGGACAUGCAAAUUAGCAGAUAUUCUAAUCUGAUCUGAUAUAAAUGUGUUUCCUGGGAACGACCCAGAAUCCGUCUGUGAUGCAGAAUCGUCUACAUUAGUGUGUUAUGAUCAAAUUCUGUAGCUAUUUUUCUGUAGCUGUAACUAUUUUUAUACUCAUAUUUAAAGGACAGAGUAGCUUUUGUUGCGAUUUGUAUGCAUUAUUUAUGUUAUCAGUAUCGUUGGAUAAAGAAAAUAACUUUAUUAUUACCUGUAAUAACAAACUCUACAGAGAACUGAAGCUCCUUUCUGCCACAGAAUAAAAUAUAAAAAGGUAAUAGCGACUGUUUCUCUCGCAGUUUCGAGUUUCUCUCACAUUUCUGAGAAAAAGCUGCAAUUACCUUCUUCAUUUUUGUCAUUUGUGGCAGAAACAAGCUUCCAUAAGAGACAUUCGAUAAUAAAAGAUUAAAAAUAUUAAGAAUUCUACUCAGUAGAUCAGAUUGUUCCUAGAAUCAGGAUUUUAUACAUCAUAAAUGGAGUUGAGAAAUCUUGACAUUUUAUAAAUUCAGAUGUGUGAGAAACACACACACACACACACACACACACACACACACGUGAUCAGACACGUCACAUCAGUUAGUGUGAACUCUGAUCAGAUACUAGUGUGUGUGUGUGUGUGUGUGUAUGGUCUGACCUUUGACCUGUCCACAUCUUGAUCUGUCAGUCAGGAUAAGCGAGUCAGGUUAUGAGAAGAAUAUAUAUUUUUGGUAAGUGAUUUCAGUCAUUCCGCACCGUUCACUGAGGCUCGUACAGUAACUCGUGAGCAGGAAUAGGUUGAUUAGAUAACGCAUUCAUAAAGAUUUAAUACAUGUGGGCGUUUCUAACCUUAAAAAAUACCGUUAUUUAAGAUCUCAUGCGGUUUCUUAACUAGUUUUAAAGAGAUUCUGUGCAUCAUCUUACUAAAUGUGAAUAAUGGCACAUGUGUGGUGAAGAUCUGUAUGAAGGACUGGAGGAUUUGUGUUAUAAUUUGCCUUUUUGUGUUUGGUUUUUGUCAUGCAUGAUGGACAAACGGGCCUGUAGCAGAACUUUCCAUUAAAGACAUUUCAAUAAAGAGAAUCCAGUUGAUG